CCAGCUGUGGGGGGGGGGCAGGAUCAUAGAGGAUCUGUACUUCUCUGCUCGGUGGAUCUGCGUCUAAAGAUGGCGGACAGGGAGAGCACUCCCGGAACAGCCUUCCCAGGCUCCUCCGAAACAGAGGAACCCGCCAAAAAGAGGGCGAAAAUCGGCCCGGCGACUAACUACGAAUCCAAAGUCUCUAAAGCAGACCAUCUAUCCUGUUCCUCCGGGGUCACGGAGGACUGGAAGGCGGCCGUGGAUUGUAUACAGCCAGCGGAGAAGAAGGAAGCCAAGCCGGGGCCGGCGGUGGAGCAGGCCCCGGCAGCGCCUGGCGGAGACAACAAUGGACUGCGGCUGCUGGACUCCGAGGAGCCGCAGACAGGGACUGAGGAAGUAGACUCCAGAGACUCACUGCUGACACCUGAGGGGGACGGUGCAGAUUUUCUAGGACACGAGGAUCUCCCUUCAAACGGGUUGUCUGACACACCGGAGCACGCCACCGAGGACGAUGACAGAUUCUCUCACGCAAGCUCGAGCGACUGGGCUCCUCAACCUCAAAUAGGUUCCUACAGUUUCAUCCAGCAGCACAUCAGAGACACAGAUCCGAGGACCAUACUGAGGGAUUUGCUCCCUGAGGCCGUGCUCCCACCAGACCUGGACGACAUGACACUGUGGCAGAUCAUCAUCAACAUCUCAGACCCUCCUAAAAGGAAGAAGCGGAAGGACAUCAACACCUUAGAUGACGUGGUCAGACUACUGCAUGAAAGUAAACGGAUCCUGGUCCUGACUGGUGCAGGGGUGUCAGUUUCUUGUGGAAUACCAGACUUUCGCUCCAGGGACGGGAUUUAUGCACGACUCGCCGUGGACUUUCCAGAUCUUCCAGAUCCUCAGGCCAUGUUUGACAUCGAGUACUUCAGACGGGACCCAAGACCGUUUUUCAAGUUUGCAAAGGAGAUAUACCCUGGUCAGUUCCAGCCUUCACCGUGCCAUCUAUUUAUAUCCAUGCUGGACAAGCAGGGGAAGCUGCUGCGCAAUUACACACAGAACAUUGAUACACUGGAGCAAGUAGCCGGAGUUCAGCGGAUCAUCCAAUGUCAUGGGUCGUUUGCGACGGCGUCCUGUCUCGUCUGUAAACAGAAAGUGGAUUGUGAGGCGAUCCGAGAAGACAUCUUCAACCAGGUCGUCCCUCAUUGUUCGCGGUGUCCUGAUAUUCCUUUGGCCAUCAUGAAACCGGACAUUGUUUUCUUUGGAGAGAAUCUUCCAGAAGUGUUCCACAGAGCCAUGAAGCAGGACAAAGACGAGGUGGACCUGCUGAUCGUCAUCGGCUCGUCACUGAAAGUCAGACCGGUCGCCCUCAUCCCAAACUCUAUUCCUCAUGAAGUGCCACAGAUCCUGAUCAAUCGGGAACAGCUGCCUCACCUCAACUUUGACGUGGAGUUGCUUGGCGACUGUGACGUCAUUGUCAAUGAAAUCUGUCACCGGUUGGGCGGAGACUUUGAGCAGACCUGUUACAAUACUGUAAGACUCUCUGAGAUCACAGAGAAACCCCCUCGGUUACCAAAACAGCUACCAAGUGAGGCCUUGCCUAACAACACUGCAGCUCAGGAGGAGCAGGAGCAACACAUCACAGACUCAGAAACUCCGUCUUCAGGGGAGACAGAGAGCCUGAAUGUCACAGAGGCUGCCGGCCACAGUGAAACACCUCCAAAGCCUUGUCCGAAUGCUCAUUUGUCAAGUAAAGAGACAGCCGAGACUUCAGAGUCGUCGACAGAAGAAACACUCGAAGAGCCGGUGAUGAAAGCAAGAAGCCAAACCUCCAACAUGGAAAAUCACAGACGCCGCUGGAUUACUCCAAUCAACAGAAGUCCAAUUAGCAAGUACCUGGAGGCAGGCCAGUACCUGUUCCAAUCACCAAAUCAGUACAUCUUCCACGGGGCUGAGGUUUACACUGAUUUUGAAGACGAGACGUCCAGCUCCUGCGACAGCGACGUGUCAGAAUGCAGUGUGGACGGGGUGGAGGACGACAGCGAGUCAGAUGAAGUCGCACUAGCCGUGGAUGGAGCACCAUGCCUCAGAGAUUCAAUACAGCACACUGAUGAGCCCUCAUCCAGUGUGCAGAAAGACCACGCCUCUUAAAGGACGCAGAGCUCCCCACCCUUUAAAAGCGUACAGAACCAUUACCCAUAAUUAAUUAUAUGUACAUGUGUGUUUCAUAUAUUUUUGAGGAUACAGUUAUUUUUCAUAAAGUUGCAACUGAUUGAUAACAAUGUAAAUAUGCAGCAAGUUUCUUUCUUGCUUGUGCGUGUGUGUUUCUGUCCGUUCAUGUCGAACUCAUUGUGUCUGAAAUCUUCUUCAAUGUGAGAUUCACUAAAUAGAGUGCAGUUUUUUUUUUUAUCAGCAGCAAACUCAGGUUGUCACAGUCUGUUAAUCUUCUGCUUUUACAUUUUCAGACAUGGAGCUUCUGCUUUAAGCUUUUAAGAUGUUCAAAGAAGUCAACACUACACUUUUGAAUCCAUAAAAAUCAGCCUUUACAAGACAUCAGAACUGUCUGUAGUGUAAUGUCAGAUGUGAGCAGCUUCAUGUUAGAGAUGUAAACAUGCAGUCUGUGGAGUACUUAGAGAUUCAGACACACUCGUAGUUUAUUUGGGAGCUCUUUUUUUUUUUUAACUUUGACCAAAAACCACUUCAUUAAUAUUUUCUGGUUGUCACACGUUUGUAUGUUAAAGCCUGAAAAAAUAUACUCUGAACGCGUUGUUCCCUCUGA